CCAUUCUCUUGUUUGUUCACUAAUCAGCUACUUUUGCCAUGUCGUCAGACUACGUCAGAUCGUUGCUACAACUACAUCCUGAAAUGAAAAAAGACGCACGUACUAUUCCAUUGUGGCGUAAGAGGUUCCUUCUUGGUCUUGCAUUGCCAUCAUUUCGGGAUUCUGCUCAACUAAUUAUCUUUCAGCCUUGGAAGAGAAUUACUGCCGAAUUGAACAGUCCUACGAUCAUGAUGACGCUCAGUAACUCGCUUUACAUGAUGUUCAUGGGUAUCGCUGUGUCUGCGGAGGAUCAGCUCACGCUGGAUCUUUUCAUUAUCAUCUAUACUGCCGAUUUCCUUGGUGGUUGCUUUGCUUACGAUAUCUAUGUCCUACUUGGCAUGCGCAUUCUUCAAGCAGUGGGCAUCUCAUCAGCUUGGGCUGUCGGUGCCGGUUCUGUAGCAGAUGUGUAUGGCGUGGAUGAACGGGGUAAUGCGCUAAGCCCACGACCCAAGCUGUUGGGCGCUGGCUGGGUCACGUUCUUCUUUGGCAUGUUGAGCUUGGUCUGGGCGUUUUUCGUUCUCGCUUUGAAGGUGAACCCUCAGAUGCGCAAGUACUCGGGCAAUUAAUGAUACCCUUCUCGAGGAAUGACCAGAUUCCGCUAAUAAUAAUGCACACGGUGAGUUUAUUUUAGCUUAGAUUUUAGAACAUGGACUGUUCACUAGGAGCAUUCCAUCGUAAUAAAA